GACCAAACACAAAAUAUACUCUGUUCUUUCUUAUUCAUUUGAUAACUCUUAGUCAUUUAUAUGGAAUCUAAUUGUGUCCAUUUUCUCCAGAACAAGACGAUUCUCGUCACCGGGAUACCUGGUUUUCUUGCCAAAGUGUUUUUGGAGAAAAUAUUGAGGGUACAACCAAAAGUGAAGAAGCUCUACCUUCUCUUGAGAUCAGUAAACAAUGAAUCAGCCAUGCAACGGUUUCGCACUGAGGUUUUGGAGAAAGAUCUUUUUAGAGUGUUGAGGAAUGAUAUAGGUGAUGCAAGUCUGAAUGAUUUAGUGAUGGAAAAAGUUGUCCCGAUUCCGGGUGAUAUUUCAAUUGAUAAUCUUGGAUUGAAGGACUCUAAUCUUUUAGAACAUAUGUGGAAUGAGAUCGAUAUCGUUGUCAAUGUUGCUGCGACAACGAACUUCGAUGAAAGAUAUGAUAUUGGUCUUAGCAUCAACACAUUUGGACCGCUCAAUGUCCUCAACUUUGCCAAGAAGUGUGUUAAAGCACAGUUGCUUCUCCAUGUCUCAACCGCGUAUGUGUGUGGAGAGAAAUCAGGACUCCUACAAGAGAAAACCUUCCGCAUGGGAGAAACGUUGAAUGGAAAUGGAAAACUAGUUAUCGAUACUGAGUUAGAGCUAAUGAAGCAGAAACUGAAAGAACUGCAGAAACAAGAUUGUUCUGAAGAAGAGAUUGCAGAGACGAUGAAGGAUCUUGGAAUGUCAAGGGCAAAGCUUCAUGGAUGGCCAAACACAUAUGUAUUUACCAAAUCAAUGGGAGAGAUGCUUCUUGGUUACCAUAGAGAAAAUCUUCCUCUAGUUAUUAUCCGUCCUACGAUGAUCACUAGCACUUUUUCAGAACCAUUUCCUGGUUGGAUUGAAGGGCUAAGAACCAUAGAUAGUGUGAUUGUUGCAUUUGGCAAAGGAAGGCUCAAAUGUUUUCUUGCGGAUCCAAACUCAGUCCUUGAUCUUAUACCUGUGGAUAUGGUCGCAAACGCAAUGGUCAUGGCGGCAGCAAUACACGCUGGAGAGUCAGGCUCUCAGACCGUGUACCAUGUGGGCUCGUCUUGUAAGAACCCGAUAACAUUCGAACAGCUUCACGACCUCGCGGCUCGCUAUUUCGCCAAAAGCCCUCUUGUUGGGCGCGACGGCUCACCCGUCAUAGUCUCCAAAGGCACGAUAUUGUCCACCAUGGCUCAGUUUAGCUUCUACAUAGCUCUUCGUUACAAGCUACCUUUGCAGAUGUUGCGGCUGAUAAAUAUAGUUUAUCCAUGGUGGAAUGGAAAUAAAUACAAAGACAUUGACCGCAAAAUUAAGCUUGCGAUGCGGCUAGUGGAGCUCUAUAGACCUUAUGUCUUGUUUAAGGGAAUAUUUGACGAUAUGAACACUGAGCGAGUACGCUUUAAAAGAAGGGAGAUCAAUAAAGAAAUACAUGGUUUGUUCGAAUUUGACCCGAAGUCUAUUAAUUGGGACGAUUACAUCAUGAACAUUCAUAUUCCCGGCCUCAUCACCUAUGUACUAAAAAAAUGAAACUUCUAGAAUAUUCAAAUUUGUAUUAAAACAUUUCCUUUGUUAAUUUAUUAAAAUGUAUGUUGGCAAACAAAAUGGUGUGUAUUGCGGUCUCUAACUCUCUAUAAUAUUAUUUAAGAAGUUGUAUAUGUAA